CAGCAAGGAAACAUCAACUUUAAGUAACCGUAAGAAACAAGAAGGAACCAAGAAACACAACUUUAAAGUCUGGCUUGUUUUAGAUAAAACGUUUAGAUCAAAGCAGUAUUUAUUUUUUUAACAGUUAAUAAGCUUUUAUUGGAUCAAAGAGGCGCCGGAGCGUAAAAGAAGCGGGAGAGUGGAGCAGCCUAUUGUUGAGGAUUGUUCGGCACAUUAACUAUGGUCAAUAUGGAAAUCUGCGCUAUGGAUUGCUGCGUGUUGAAAGGACUGUUAGCUGAGAGAGCCCACAAAUGCCUCAUAUUGGACUGUAGGUCGUUCUUCUCCUUCAGCUCCUCCAACAUCAUUGGCUCCAGCAAUGUUCGCCUGAGCACCAUAGUGAAGAGGAGAGCUAAAGGCAGCAUGGGCUUGGAGCACAUCGUCCCCAAUGAGGAGCAGAGGUGCCGGCUGCUGGCUGGGAUGUACGAGGCGGUGGUGCUGCUGGAUGAGAGGACAUCAGAGCUGGACAUGCUAAGGAAGGACAGUACCAUGAUGCUGGCAGUUAAUGCCCUAUGUAGGGACUCCAGGGGCAGCAGCAUCUACUUCCUAAAAGGUGGCUAUGAGACAUUUUCUUCACAGUGCCCAGAAUUCUGCAACAAAAGCUCUCCUCCAGUUUGCCUGAGUUUGCCUCUUAGUACCAGCAAUGUGCCAGGCAGUGCUGACUCCAAUUGCACUCCUUGCGGAACUCCACUCUAUGACCAGGGGGGACCAGUGGAGAUUCUGCCUUUCCUGUAUUUGGGCAGUGCAUACCAUGCAUCAAGAAAAGACAUGCUGGACGCCCUUGGCAUUACAGCCCUCAUCAAUGUAUCAGCAAACUGUCCCAAUCACUUUGAGGGACACUUUCAGUACAAGAGCAUUCCCGUGGAAGACAGUCACAAAGCAGACAUCAGUUCGUGGUUCAAUGAAGCUAUUGAUUUCAUAGACUCAGUAAAAAAUUCCGGUGGAAGGGUUUUUGUCCACUGCCAAGCUGGUAUAUCCCGAUCUGCUACCAUCUGUCUUGCCUAUCUUAUGAGAACCAACCGUGUGAAGCUGGAUGAAGCAUUUGAGUUUGUCAAGCAACGGAGAAGUAUAAUCUCCCCAAACUUCAGUUUUAUGGGACAGCUUCUUCAGUUUGAGUCUCAAGUGCUAGCACCAUCAUGUUCAGCAGAAGCAGGUAGCCCUACAAUAUCUGUUCUAGACCGAGGAACAUCCACUACCACAGUCUUCAAUUUUCCUGUUUCCAUACCUGUCCACUCAGGAACAAGCUCUCUCAGUUACCUUCAGAAUCCCAUCACUACAUCGCCAAGCUGCUAAAGGUACUGAGCAAACAGACCUAGACUGUAGCAAAUGGACAAUUUGUGUUUUUAUCAAGUGCAAUAAUAAUUUUGGUUCCAUAUGCAACACUCGUAUUUUAUGUCCCGUUGAGUUAAAGAAUCAACAAGUUCUUAUAGCCAGUUGAACUGGUAAAACUACAGAAAAGCCCAAACUGACACAACUUGUUGGACAAUAUUUUAGAGGCAUAUCCAAACCACUAAGGAAGUCAAGAAAAACAGGUCACAAUUGCCUUUUGUGUUUUUUGUCCCAUUUUUAUUUGUAAUCACCCUUUUUGGGGGUGAUUUAGCAGUAUUUUCAUUCCUGAACUCCUUUUUUUAUUGUUGAUUGAUGAAGAGAGGCCGUUGCCUAAACCUGUAAGAUAAUAUUUAUUCUGCAAGCUGUGUCCUGCCUACCGAAGCCUAAGAUUUCAGCUUUUCAACAAAGCAAAGAAGAGAUACCUCAGUAUUUUCUGGUACUGUAAUUCCUGUGUGUAAUUCAAGACCAGCUUCAGUUUCCAAAGCACUGAUGUCAAAGCACUAGGCCCGAGCCUUCUUCAGAGUUUGCUGACUAUUGUAUAUAUGCUCUGAUUUUAUUUAUGAUACAAAAUAAUAUAUAUCUUCUCCCGUGAGAAGACAUUUUUAAUACAGAACUAUGACUUUUUAUACUGAUAGAAUAAAUUAUGAUAUUUGUAAUGAA